CCCCAUAGGUGGACAGAAGUGGGAGAGGUCGCCGCCCCGCCUCUCCCCUCCUCCACCCACACACGGAAGCUCCUCGGCCCCCGUGCCAGGAUGUCCGACACCUGGGUCCCCGGCCUCGUACCCACUUUGCUGUUCGGUCUGCUGACCGGCCCCCAACAGGCUGCUGCCAAAUGUGGACUCUUCUUCACGUGCCCCAAAGGAUUCAAGUGCUGUGGUGACAGCUGCUGCCAAGAAUAUGAACUCUUCUCCAGUCCCCUGAGGAUCUUCGUCAUCACCUUCCUCAUCAUCUUUCCCCUUUUGUGCAUCUGCUGCCUGGCUAAGCGGUUCUGUCGCAGCUGUGGAGAACCAGAGCAGGACCCCCCAGUGGAUCACCAGGGGCCCCCGGAGCCACCCUCCAUUGCCCCCACAGAGAGGGUCAGGACGUCUACCUUUGACCCCCCGCCCCCCUACAGCGAGAUUAUUCUGAAACCUGUCCUGCCCCCCAUGGAGCCGCCCCCUCCCUACAGCUUCAGUCCCGAAGAAUAUGCCAGGGUGCCCAGGGGCAUCAACAACCCAGCCUUCUGAGCACCCCAGCCGCCUGCCUGCAGAGACUCCUGGGACUCCUGUGAUGUCCCCACCUGUCCUGCCAUGUCUCUGGCUGUUCCUGGUUUUAACUUAUUGCUUUUCCUGUCCCGGUUCCACCUCCGCUGCCUCUCUGGUCAGGAGCAGUGGUCUGGAGGGUCAGCAUCUGCCCCACCCCCACCCCCAAUCCCAUGUCAGAGGCUGGCGGGAGGAGCAUGUCAGGUACCUGACAGUGGGACCGGCUGUGCUGAGGUAUGGAGAGGACCCUGUUUCUGGGGGAUACAGACAUCUUCGACUGGACAGCCAGCUCCGAGACCUUCUAGAGGGCACUCCUGUUCCUGGGAGACUUGACUGCAUCGGUUCUAGAGAAGACCCCAUUGUGCCCCCCAUAAUCUGUGUACUCACUAAAUUUUAACUGAUUGUCA